AUGGGUCCUGAUCAACAUGCUCAACUGGAUGCCUUUGGGUUGAUCUUCCCACUGCCACUACGGGUAGCUGCGCUUCUGGUUGCUGGUUUCUGGGGAUGGGGUCUGAAUCUUCAAUAUUUGGCAAAAGCGAACAUUGACGUUCCUGCUCUCGUCAAAUACCCUGGCCGCACAUCCUCCUCCCAACGCCCGCACCACACCGCCGUCUACCGCCUGGCGACAUUCUUCACCAUCCCCCUCACCCUGUGGUUCGUUGUUUUUUGGCUCGCCACUCGCCGGUCCCCUGAACUGGUAGAACGACUCGACUGGAUCCCUCAGUCCGUUUUCAUUGUCCUCCUUCUUAUCCUGAUUUGGCCCUUCAACCGCGCAUCUCGUUCAGGCCGCAUUCGAUUCCUUCUUACCCUCAAGCGGAUCAGUAUCGGUGGUCUAGCUGAGUCUCAAGAUGGCAAGUUUGGUGAUAUUCUGCUGGCAGAUGCCCUGACUAGCUAUGCUCGCGUGCUGGGGGACCUAUACGUCAGCUUCUGCAUGUUCUUCACCGACGGCCUCGCCGCAACCUCCAAACCCAACCGGGCCUGCGGCAGCGAUAUCGUCGUCCCUAUUAUUAUUGCGGUUCCCAGCUUGAUCCGUUUCCGCCAGUGUUUGAUCGAAUAUGUGCGUGCGCGACGCACUACGACCCGGAGAGAGACACAAAAGAGUAACCAGCACUUGGCCAACGCCCUCAAGUACGCUACUGCGUUCCCUGUCAUUUGGAUGGCUUCCAAGAUGCGCAACUAUAACCCCUUGGAUUUCCACGGGUACAGCGAGAUGAGCAUGAUGCGCCUCUUGUUCAUCGUCUCUUUUAUCAACUCCGCAUACUCCUUCUGGUGGGAUGUUGUCAAGGAUUGGGAUAUGACCCUCUUCUCCCGGGAACGACUCGAUAACGACCACCCGUAUGGACUCCGCCGUUACCGCUACUUCUCAUCCGACAAGUUAUACCACUACGUCAUCAUUGCGGACCUAGCACUUCGUUUCUCAUGGCUUUGGCGCAUUGUCCCGGGUUUCGGCUGGAUCCCAGAGACCGAGAGCGGCCUAUGGAUAUUGAUGUUCCUUGAAGUUGCACGCCGCUGGAUGUGGGUGUUCUUCCGAACCGAAGCCGAAUGGAUUCGGAAUACCCAUGGCCCUGGACCUGAAGAUGUCCUCCUUGGCGAGUACAACCACAAGUUCGACGCGGACUAA